GAGAAUCUCGUUUGGAACGAGACGCCGCGCGAGCCGCUUCUCGCCUGUUGUGCUCCUCCGCGUGCUUUGGGGAAGCCGCGCGGUCGGGAAACCGCGUGGUCCGAGUGGCGUGCCGUACUCUCCGUAGCGGCAACGGCGGCGGCGACAACGGCGCCGUUGAGCGCGUUGUCGAAGUUUGUGCGACAGCGUCUCGGAGGAGUGUAGUGAGAGUGGUGUGACGUUUCGACGUUCCCAGAGGGAAGUGGUGAGCGAACCGUUGACGGCUGUCUUACACAGCGAUUCCCCUUCGGUAACGCUGGAGAGGUUCGAGAGCCUCACUCUGGUUGAAUUAAAGUUGUUCGAAAAGACUGCUGAACUCCCAAACGUGAAGCAAAAUUUACUUCACCGUGUAAAGCCGCGAGCUACCUCCAUUUCACCUAUUCAAAUGACGUUUUUGAGGAGGUAAAAAGACUUUGGUUGGCAACCUCGUAAGUUUCUUAUGUGACAACUCCCAAAAGAAAGAAGAAAGUUGGAGGCAGACGCCAGGCGCUCAUCUCAUUCAUCGCCCAUCAUGAAGAAGUGUCAAAACAGACUAUCCUUGGACUUUGGAAGUUGGGGAAACGGACUUGGGGGUUAAGUUACUAAAGUAGUGGCACGUGAUCUAAUAAUAUUCACUGUGACCAUUUGGAAACAAAAGGCAGCACCAGGUGAGGAAAGAAAACAUACCUUAACAGCGUCUCGCUAAAACGUUGACAGCCAGAACAAAGUGCCAAAUCAAAAUCUACGCCUUCUCGAAUCAAAGUUACCCACAUUCAAUCGCUACGAUUUCAAGGAGAAGUGAUUUGCUAUAUUCUUGUUUGUGUUCCAGAAAUAACCUCUUGUUUCUACAACGUCUCAGCAUAUUUCCUUUGGAAAAACUCCAACGUCUGCCGCCAUCGAGCCCGCAUCAUACCGGCGGAUGUUUCCGUAAACUAAACAAAGCUAAGGAAUCUUGAACGCCAAGGUCAGAUGAACCCAACCAACAGAGCACUCGCCUGCUGAACGCGAUUGUGAGAGCCCCCACCAACCCAUCGCUGACGUUCUUUCCCAGUGGACGCAGUUUCAGCCAUGUUGUACCAUUCCUACAGAUGGCCAACGAAAAGGGACUUUUGUAGAGACUGUAGCCACCGGCCACGGCAGAGACAGUCUCCAGCGCUGAUACUUCUCUGGAUAGCGGCUUCCAUCUACGUCGUGAAUGGCGGCUCUUCCUCCGUGCACAAAAAGCUGCCCAGCUUCGCCGAGCCCAUCCCCAACGUGACGGUGGCAGCGGGUCGCGAAGUGACGCUCACCUGCGUCGUCGAGAACCUGGGAAGCUUCAAGGUGGCCUGGAUCCACACGAACCGGCACAUGCUGAUCUCGAUGCACGACAACCUGAUCACGACCAACCCGCGGUACGGCAUCGCCCACAACGGCCACCGGACGUGGCAGCUGCACAUCCGGGAGGUGGAGGAGGCCGACAAGGGAGAGUACAUGUGCCAGGUCAACACCAACCCCAUGAAGAAGAUCAUGGGCUACCUACACGUCGUCGUGCCUCCGAGGAUCGACGACGAAAACACAAGUUCGGACGUCGAAGUGCGGGAAAACAGUGACGUGUCUCUGCGCUGCCGCGCCACGGGAACUCCAGAACCGGACAUCAAAUGGAGAAGAGAAGACGACGCGCUGAUCCUCCUCUCUGGAAAGAAAGGUGUGCCCAGUUACCAAGGAGAUCGCCUCAACAUGAGCAAGGUGACACGGCUGCACAUGGGGCCGUACCUCUGCAUUGCUUCCAACGGUGUUCAGCCGUCGGUCAGCAAACGAAUUCUGCUCAAGGUCGACUUCGCGCCCAUGAUGUGGCAGCCCAACCAGCUCGUCGGAGCCCCUUUGGGCACUGACAUCACCCUGGAAUGUAACCUGGAGACACACCCGCGUGGGAUGACCUUCUGGGAGCGGGAGGACGGCACCAUGCUCAUCUCCAACACCAAGUACGACUCCCUGGUGCUGGAGACCGGUCCUUACAGGCUCCUGCUCAGGCUCACAAUUCGCAACCUCAAGCCGGACGACUUCGGUGUCUACAAGUGCGUCUCCAAGAACCCUCUCGGAGAGACAGAGGCCAACAUUAAGUUGCAAGAAAUUCCUCGCCCAACAUCCUCCACGGCCGCAUCCUCAAGAGAGCUACAAGCAAAAAAGCACUGGGAAACUACCUCCACGCAGCAAUCGAAUGGACCCAGACAUCUUGGCACCCAUGCCUCCAAUGCUCUUUUGAAAGAAGGACGCAGAGGGGACUACUCCACGGAAGGAGAGGGUACCCAGGGUUACCCACCACCAAGCUUUAACCAAGACUACACCGAAGCAGAUGCCGCCAACAAUGAGGUACACCAGGGAGGCUCCUCCGCGAAAAGGCAUCAGGCAAGCUUACCCAAGAUGGCGGCAAUCGUACUUCCGCUCCUGCUCAGCUACACUACCGGAAGUGCUGCGGCCCUCGUCCGAAACUGAACGCUACGCCGGACAAGAAAGAUCAGCCUCGACAAAUGCUUUAAGCCACACAAAAGCAAACAAAAAUGAACCAGAAAAAAGAGCUUCCUUCUUAUUGGAUGAGGACGUCGCCAAAACCAGACCGACAUCAACGCCCAAAGUGAACAGCACUUGGACACUUUUUUUCUUCAAAGCUCUAAGUGCAGUGUGCUUCGGUGUUUCGCUUUUUUCUGUGACGCCGGCGAACAGCUGCCACGUUGGUGCGCAUCACGCGGAGAUGAUUGGACCUCAAACUGACGACACCAUGACACCAAAUGACGUCACUUCCUGACCGGAAACCACGUGCCAACUGUGUUUACCUUACCGUUAAUGAAGCCAUCCGCCAAACGUGCUUAUGGUUUUGGCAAUUUAAACAUAAGGUAAAGGUAUCCUUAUCCUUUCUAUGGUCUUGCGAGUUUAUUGUUUUUCUUCUCCAAAGAGGUCCUGGCACAAAGUCUUCUAGAGUCAGAGACUCCUGCAGAAUACUGGUAGGUCCGAGGGCUGGGUCAGCAGUGAAGUUGUGUUGACUAGAUGUCACUGCGUGGACUCAAAAAAAUCGAUUUCGCUUCAGCUUUCUUUGUGACCGAACAACAUUGAGCACAUACCCUUCAUCAAGUUGGCUUUGAUCGCGCUCUAUUCAUGAGUACCUAUUGACAACAACCGGGCUUCGCUACCUCGAGGCAUCUUUCUUCCUAAUGUUACCACAGGCGGCCCGUUGGGUGUAUUAUGGUCACUAACAUCUCGAAGGAAACAAUGUUUAGAGCUUUAAGUUUUUUUUCUUCUAAUCCCACAAAGUCUUUGCCUUCGGUGGUGCUUCAACGAGGGGUAGCUCUGGUUGCCAAAUUUGCGCUCUUGUGUGAGUGAGCACAGGUGAAGGUUCCAGGCACGAGAGCCUGACGGGCUAGUGGAAUGUAUGGUACUUUGGAUGCAAAUGAGGUGGGAUUGUAAAGGUCUGAACUCAUGUAGGUCUUGAUAAGGUGGAACCUGGUUUUUCGCGCAGUGAGAUUGUCGCAAGCAAGCAAGACGAUCCCCGAAGGUCUUGCGAGAUCAGCGAUUGCAUACGUGGAACAGUUACGUGCUUAGUUUAUUGUUUAUUUCCUCCUGUUAGGGAAAUUGACGGUUGUCACUUGUUAAUUAAAUUUUAACCACCUGUUUUGGUGGAUAACUAACUGCAUGCACCCCGGUUUUAUGUCAGGAACAUGACAUUCUGCACGUGCAGUUAAUGUUAGGGUCAAGUUUAACUCAUUCGAUGCCGUAGCCUAGACAUAAAGUUAUAUUAAUUAAGAAAAUAAGUUGUUAUUUGUCGUCUAAAAGUAUUAGGUGAGCAGAGUGUAUUACAUGAAUGAUUGCGUAUUUUUGGAAAUUUCAAUGUAAAUAACCACCGCAAGUCAGACCUUUGAUUUCCUAUAUUUCUGACGACGAGACAAUUUAUUAGCCACGCCAACAUUUUUGUUGCAAGCAAAUUAAUACGUACUUUCAAGAGUUGUGUGUAUUACUAUGAGAGCCGAAGUUGCGAUCAUGACGCUUUCAUGUCUGUUUUCCUUGCAAGAGAGCUUGUUCAACCUUUGAUAAUGUUUCUCGCAACCUGUGAGUCGGAGUGCAGAAAUAGGCGCAUUGCUGGAGGGAAUGCUAAACUAUCGUUUCAAGCAAAAACACGAAACCAGAAAUGGCUAUCUCAUUUAUUUCUAAGUCUUCUGUUUGGGUGGAAUUUCUGAGGGCGCAUCAUUAAUCAACGCAUAAACUAAAACACUUUAAACUAGUGUCCAAUACGAGUAUUUUUUUUUUUUUUUUGAAGCCGCGAGCAUUCUCUGUUAACUUAUCUUCACUCCGAGCAAAGAAGAAAAAAAAUGAGCCCUUGUGAGGUAACUUCGCGUGCCUCUUAAAUAUCCUUCUAUAUUGGUGAAGCGUUGGCAUGAUGGCCUUUGAGUCUCAAUAAAAAUGUCAUUUGAACAUUA